AUGGCCUCGAGCGAAGCACCCUUGCCUCUGGAAAUCUCUGAUACGCCAGCGAGUCCAGUUCAUAAUGCAGCGACCACUUCACCUCUCAACAAUAACGCGUCACAAUAUACGGACACUGACGAUGCAGCUACCGUGUUGGAGUUUCUAGCAUGGGGCCGUAAGAAAGACAUUGACUACGGGACAUCACCAGAGCAGAACAGCGGGCCACGGCGACUGAGUAUCAGAGAUGAGGAUGAAGCGGUUGCAUCCAGUAUCCUGUAUGAAACCAGCAAAGAUGCACGGCUUGACGUACUUGAAGCGCUUCUUCCGAACAAGACUCAUAUCGUCCAGCUUGUGGAGUACCAUAGUACCACCAUCCUAUGGUACCAUGGGUCUUACUCCUCAGCAAUAUUCAAGGACGACCUGGAUAUCUUUCUUGGAGACUACGAAGGCGACGUCCGGCACCAAGGCUUGAAUCUGCAAUGGCUUAGUUUACUGUUCGCCAUCAUAACAGGCAGUAUCACAUGUGCGCCGCCAUCUGUAUAUCCGUCUUGGGGUUUCUCAUCAGAAGAGAGGAAGGUCUUGUCACAAAGAUGGUACGAAGCGAGUGUGACGUGUCUCGAAAUCGCUGGCUACAUCGAGACUCAUACCAUCUACUCUGUUCAAGCCAUUGCAACGUUGACCAUUGCGGCUCAUAUCCUUGGCAAGUCGAACAGCCAGUCGAUUCUGCUUGCCUCAGCUGGUCCUAUUGCACAGAGUCUUGGGUUGCACCGACUUGGACCAGAGGGCGCAGCUGCAGCCACCUCGAAGGAGCAGCUACGCCAGCGUGAAGCCGGUCGACGAGUCUUCAAUCAGCUUUGCACACAAGAUUGGUUCCAGAUUCCGUUCUCCGAAUCAUAUACGCUAAACCCUCGCUUCUUUACGACUGCGAAGCCGCUGAACUGCAAUGACGACGACAUGAUACCCUGUCCAUUGAGCCGCUUAUGCCGCAACUCCUAG